GCAUAGAUCAUUCAUAACAUUUGAAAUGACAGAUGGGCAGAAUGUCAAAGCCCACUAAAGACCAGGGUUGGAAGCAGGGGCGGACUGACAACUCAUGGGGCCCCCGGGCAAUAGGGGAUCAUGGGGCCCCUUUGUCUAUGCCCAAACUCAAAAAAGCUUAUGAAAAAGGUACCAGGGGCAUCUCAUGGGGCCUCCUACUGACCCCGGGCCCUUGGGCAGUACCCGAGUUUCCAAAUGGUCAGUCCGCCCCU